CGCGCACAGGGAAGCAGGAAGUAAAUAAGGCGCUCUUUAGUCGCUUGGUGUUCGCAUCAGCAGUGAAGCAGCAAUGCUCGCAGACCGCAGUCCAGUGGUGCAGACUCUGCUGGGGACACUCUUCACCUGGGGACUCACAGCUGCAGGAGCUGCUCUCGUCUUCAUCUUCUCCAGCACACAGAAGCGGAUCUUGGAUGGAAGCCUCGGUUUUGCAGCAGGGGUGAUGUUGGCAGCCUCAUACUGGUCACUCCUGGCCCCUGCUAUUGACAUGGCAGAAGAGUCUGGAAAAUAUGGGGCAUUUGCGUUUCUCCCUGUUGCUAUUGGUUUUGUCCUGGGAGCAGCUUUCGUUUUUUUUGCCGAUCAGAUGAUGCCUUUUUUGGGCUUUGUGACAGACCCACAUUUGGCGUUGACCCUGCCGUCUGAUGCCAAACCAGUGAAAGCGAAAGUGGAGGAUUCUGUAGCCCCAGCCACAACCGAGGAGCUGUCGAUCAGGAUAGGUAGAGGAGGAGCUCACUCAGAUAAAGUGGAGAAUGGUGAAGUUCACUACAGAAGAAAAACAACCCACUCUGGUCAAGUUACAGGCGAGAAGGAAGUGGAUGAUAGACCACAGGAAGUGACCUGUCCAUCAGCAAACAGCUGGAGACGGAUUGUGCUGUUAAUCCUGGCUAUAACCAUACAUAACAUCCCGGAGGGCUUGGCUGUUGGAGUGGGUUUUGGAGCUGCUGGAAAAACAUCCUCUGCUACAUUUGAGAGCGCCAGAAACCUGGCUAUAGGCAUAGGAAUCCAAAAUUUCCCAGAAGGCCUUGCAGUGAGUUUGCCGCUAAGAGCGUCAGGAGUGUCCACAUGGCAAGCUUUCUGGUACGGGCAGCUCAGUGGGAUGGUAGAGCCGAUGGCGGGGUUACUAGGUGCUGUUGCCGUGGUACUGGCUGAGCCGCUGUUACCAUACGCACUGGCCUUUGCUGCAGGAGCCAUGGUUUAUGUUGUUUUUGAUGACAUAAUACCUGAAGCUCAAGUCAGUGGAAAUGGAAAGCUGGCUUCUUGGACCGCCAUACUUGGCUUUAUUGUGAUGAUGUCACUGGAUGUUGGCCUGGGAUAAAGACUUAUUGUUCACCAAAAAAUGAAAGAAUGACUUAACUGGUCUUCUUAAAACAGCAAAAAGGGACAAAUGAAUCAUCAUGUCAACAUCAGGUUUAACGAAUUAGAGAAUGCCUUGGGAGUUUUUUCAACUCCUCAUUUUAUUAUUAUUUUUAUUUAUAGGAAGUAAAUGUUUAAUUAAUGAAUAACUAAAUACUUGAAUGUCUCUUAAACAGGAGAAGCUGUAAGAUUGUGGUUUGCUUGCUGCAGUUUACUUCCGACUGCAGAAUGAAGGUGGUUUGUUUGUUAAAACUCUAAAUGGUCUUCCUUCAUGGACAGUAAAUGACUCCUUUAAUUUAGGCUGUAUUUUAGAUUUCUAAAAAAGUACUGUAUCCUCCAAGUCUCUUAAAAAAACAUUCCAUUAAAUUUUAUUAUUUAAAUGUAUGAUAAAAGAUUUACACUUC